AUGACCACUACCCCUGGCUUGUAUGUCAUAGGCGAUUUCCACAUGGAAGUGAUGGAAAUCGCUGGAAAAGGUCCACUAAGAGCUCCAAUAACUCUUGCUCUCGAAAUGGAGUUCAUAGGGGUGUAUGCGAACUCGAUCGAGUCGGUCAACAGAAGACUUGGUCGAGCUAGACUUUCACAACGGGUAGAAAGAGGGUUCAGAGGUCAGAGGGUACAAGAGGAACCUGAGGUGCUUGUUACUGAUACAAUGGAUGUACCAGAGGGGAAUGGAAACCCUUUGGGCAAUGGACUCGGUCGAGCUAGGCAAACUCGACCGAUUGGUCUAGGAGAUGCUCCAAACCGCCACCAACAGAGACAAGGGAUUGUUCCACCACCAGUGCAGAACCACAACUUUGAGAUCAAGCUGGGAAUGAUCAACCUUGUUCAGAACAAGAUGUUCCAUGGAUUGCCAAGUGAAGACCCCAUUGACCACCUUGAUGAGUUUGAUAGGCUUUGUGAUUUGACAAAGAUCAAUGGUGUCUCUGAAGAUGCCAUCAAGCUGAGACUCUUUCCUAUGUCUCUAGCUGACAAAGCUCACCAAUGGGAGAAGAGCUUGCCCCAUGGCACAAUCACCACUUGGGAUGAAUGCAAGAAGGCCUUUCUUGCUAAGUUUUUCUCCACCGGUCGCACAGCCAAGCUUAAGGAGGAGAUAUCAGCUUCAUCAGCGAACAAUGAGACAUUCGCUGAGGCUUGGGAGAGGUAUAGGGAGAUGCUAGACACAGCCAGCAAUGGGAACUUCCUCAACCAGGAUGUAGAUGAUGGCUGGCAGCUUGUGGAGAACAUAGCAACUCAAUGGAAGCUAUGGAGAAGAGUAUGA